GCCCGUGUGACGUCACUCUCCCGCGCGCCGCCGCCAUGGCCAAGAGCAGCCGCGGCAGCGUGUUCCGCAUCGCCCGCAGCGGCGUCCUCAGGGCCAAGGCUAAGGGCAAGGCGCGGCCCGUCACCUCCGGGCUGAGGCAGAUAAACAUUAAAAAUGCUGAAAAAGUUAGCGCAAUAAAUAAAGCAUUUGCCGAAGUUCAGCAAGAAAUCCAGCAGCUAUCAAAAGGUACCACAGCAGAACCUCAGAAGACUCAGCAGGUUUCCACAAAUGUGGAAGAGGAACCAGCAAAUGUGGAUGCUGCCACAAGCUUAUUAUCUCAAUUGUAAUGCACAAUGGACAAUGAAGAGUUUGCAAGAAAUGAAAGAGCACAAACACUGAUGGCUUUGUUUGCACAGUUUUAUUAAAAAAAUCUUGUUAAUAUACAA